AUGACUAGACCGCAAAACGUUGGUAUCAAAGGUAUCGAAGUUUAUAUUCCUUCACAAUGUGUUAACCAAACAGAAUUAGAAAAAUUCGACGGAAUUGCUGCUGGAAAAUAUACGAUUGGGUUAGGACAAACCAACAUGUCAUUCGUCAACGACAGAGAAGAUAUUUACUCUUUAUCGUUGACCGUUUUGUCUAAGUUGAUUAAGAACUACGGUGUUGACACCAACCAGGUUGGUAGAUUAGAAGUUGGUACUGAAACUUUGUUAGAUAAGUCGAAGUCGGUGAAGUCAGUGUUGAUGCAAUUAUUCGAAGGAAACAACGACAUUGAAGGGAUUGACACCAUCAACGCUUGUUACGGGGGUACUUCUGCUGUGAUGAACACCGUUAACUGGAUCGAAUCGUCCGCAUGGGAUGGAAGAGACGGUAUUGUUGUCUGUGGUGACAUUGCCAUUUAUUCGAAGGGUGCUGCUAGACCUACUGGGGGUGCUGGUGCUGUUGCUUUGUUGAUUGGUCCAGACGCGCCAAUUGUCUUUGAUUCCACCAGAGGUUCUUACAUGGAACACGCUUAUGAUUUCUACAAGCCAGAUUUCACCUCUGAAUACCCUAUAGUCGAUGGACACUUUUCGUUAGCAUGUUACGUCAAGGCGGUCGACCACUGUUACAAGAACUACUCCAAGAAGGUCACCAAAGACGCUGGUAAGACUGUUGGUGUUUUUGACCACUUUGACUUUAACGCGUUCCACGUUCCAACCUGCAAGUUGGUCACCAAGUCUUACGCCAGAUUAUUGUACAAUGACUACAGAGCCGAUCCAUCUAAGUUCAAGGACUUGAUUGAUGAAGAAACCAAGAAGUCUAUCGACGGUUUAUCUUACGACCAAUCUUUGGUCGACAAGAACUUGGAAAAAUUGUUUGUUGGUUUAGCUAAGGAACAAACCAAGUCGAGAGUCCAACCAAGUUUGAAUGUUCCAACAAACACCGGUAAUAUGUAUUCUGCAUCCGCAUGGGCUUCAUUAUCCUCUUUGUUGUACUACGUUGGUUCCGAACAAUUGCAAAACAAGAGAAUCGGUAUUUUCUCAUACGGUUCUGGUUUAGCAUCUACUUUAUUAUCUGUCGUUGUUAAGGGGGACAUUUCUAAAAUUACUAAGAAUUUGGACUUCGACCACAAAUUAUCUGAAGGUAGAGUUACUAAGACCCCAGAACAAUUCAUUGAAGCUAUCGAAUUGAGAGAAAAGGCACACUUACAAAAGUCAUUCAAGCCAUCUGGUAGUACUGAAACUCUUGCCAGUGGUACCUAUUAUUUGACUGAAAUCGAUGAUAAGUUUAGAAGACAAUACACUAAAAAGGAUUAA